AAGUGAAAAAAGUGUUCUGUUUUAGUGAAUGAAACUGCCAAAAUGAGAGGAUCUGAUGAAGUUGAAGACACAAGAAUACAUGUCAUAGUAGCAUCAGCAGCAACAACAGCAACAACCUCCUCAACGCAGAAGAGCGCGAAUUUUAUGGCCGAAAAGAAGAAAUCAAUGCGAGCUCGUUAUGCAUAUGGCAUUAUCUUUCUUAUACCAAAUCUUUGUGCUUGGAUUGUUAGAGAUUAUGGACAAAUGAUUCAACCUCAGCUCCAUUAUCUAAAAUCUUGUGGAACUAAUGGAAGAGAUUGUGUUCAUACCCUAGGCGUUCUUCGAGUGAGUUUCGGGUGCUUUAUAUAUUUUUUUGUGAUGUUUCUCACAACAUUUAGAACACGAAAAUUAUUCGAAAAUCGCAAUGCAUGGCAUUCGGGAUGGUGGACAUCAAAGUUUUUCAUGUUGAUUGUGUCAUUGGUGGUACCAAUUUUUUUUCCUUCUGAUUUCAUUCAACUCUAUGGAGAACUUGCUCGUGUCGGUGCAGGGAUUUUUCUUCUUCUUCAACUUAUAAGUGUAAUUCAAUUCAUUAAUUGGUGGAACAAGUAUUGGAUGCGCGACGAGGAACAAAAACAAAGCUGCUCUCUCGGGUUGUUUAUGUCGACGCUAUUUUACAUUGCUUCGGUAUGUGGGCUUGUGUACAUGUUUGCAUCAUAUGGCACAAAAAGCUCAUGUAGUCUCAACAUAUUUUUCAUCUCUUGGACUGGAAUUCUUCUAAUUGUGAUGAUGGCUAUAUCUCUUCAUUCAAAGGUGAAUAGGGGUCUUUUAUCAUCAGGAAUCAUGGCUUCAUAUGUUAUUUACUUGUGUUGGUCUGCUCUAAGAAGUGAGCCUUCUAAUGAGAAGUGUUACAAACUUAAAGCAGCCAAUGAAAAUGGUGAUUGGACUACCAUAGUAAGCUUCUUGAUUGCAAUAUGUGCCAUUGUUAUGGCAACUUUUUCCACAGGAAUUGAUUCAGAGUCAUUCCAGUUUCGAAAAGAUGAAGUUAAAGAAGAAGAUGAGAUUCCUUACAAGUAUGAGUUUUUCCACCUAGUAUUCUCCUUGGGAGCCAUGUAUUUUGCAAUGUUAUUCAUCAGUUGGAAUCUCAACAAUUCAGCCAGAAGGUGGAGCAUAGACAUAGGGUGGGCAAGCACAUGGGUGAAAAUUGUGAAUGAGUGGUUUGCAGCCACAUUAUAUGUAUGGACUUUGAUUUCUCCGGCUGUGAAAAAGUCCAAAGUGGUAAAUUAUGAAGAUGCAGUGGGGCAGCAGAGGAUUUGACCAGCUUCACCAUUAAAACGACAGCAAAAACGACAAAACGACAAUUAACAACAUCUCCUAAAAUGUAGAUUUUUAUAUCACAUUAACAUUUUUCAGAUUUCUUUCCUACAAGCCAAUUUGAAAAAUCAGCAUUUUAAUUAUUUAUUAAUUUUUUUUUGAAUAGAUUUGAGCAUUGGUCUAAACCAAAGUUUAAUACGAUUAUGAUUAAUGUUGAUGGAGUAAUUUUUUCUUCAGUUGAGAAAUGUAGUAUUAGUGAUGUGGCUCGUGAUAGUUCUAGCCGGUUAUUGGAAGCAUUUUCUUUGUGUUUUCAUGGUCAAGAGGAAGCUUCUUUCGUUGGUAGGCUUGGUAUUAAGAGACUUUAAAUUGGACUAAACGAGAAGAAUGGCAAGAUGUUCAACUUGAAUUUGUCUAUUUAGUGGCGGUUCAAGUUGUGCAUAGUACUAUUUUUAUGCCUUCUCCUUUUAGUAGUCAGUUGGAUCAUGAUUGUCGAGUUAUGUUAGAAAUUUUAAAGUUUGUUAAGAUUUAUUUUGUUAAACGUUCUGUAAAUAAGAUUGCAUAUUGUGUUGCUCGUAUUUUUUUCUAUUCAUAUUGUACUGUUCGUACUGAUUUUUUUAUCUAUUAUAAUGGUUGAAGUUUUUUAAUUAAUAAAG